AUGGCAUGGAAGAUCAGUUGCCUAAUGAGAACGUGCAGAUUUCUUCUCUUAGUGAUUUUGCGUCUGCCCUGUGAGGUGACAAGUUCUGUCUUAACUGUGAAUGAUAAAACCGAGAACUAUAUUCUGGACACUUGGCUUGGCUCCCAAGAAUCUCUGAAAUGUGCUGUUAAAAACCACACCAGAGAGGAAGAACUUCUCUGGUACCGAGGACAGGGGACGGUGGAUUUGAAAUCUGGAAACAAAAUCAACUCCAGUUCUGUCUGUGUGUCUUCCAUCAGCGAAAAUGACCACGGAACCACCUUUACCUGCAAGCUACAGAGGGAUCAGUCGGUGUCCAUCUCAGUGCUGCUGAAUGUCUUUUUUCCUCCUCUUCUGAGUGGAGAUGACUUGAAAACAGUUGAGGAAGGCAAUGAUGUGAAGUUGGUUUGCAAUGUGAAAUCCAACCCCCAGGCUCAAAUGAUGUGGUACAAAAACAGUACCAUCCUCAAUUUAGAGCAAAAUCACCGAGUCGAACAGACAAGUGAAUCUCUUCAACUGUCAAUCACCAAAGUCAAGAAAUCUGACAAUGGAACCUAUAGCUGCAUUGCAAAUUCAUCUCUGCAAAUGGAGACCAAGGACUUUCACCUCAUUGUCAAAGAUAAAGCUGUGGCUAUUCCAAUAGAACCCAUUAUUGCAGCGUGCAUUGUGGUCUUUCUGACAUUGUGCUUUGGACUGAUUGCUAGAAGAAAAAGUAUAAUGCAGCUCUGCAUAAAGGAUGAAGAUCCGCAAAGAGACACAGCUUUGUAA